AUGCAGCGUCCCAUUUGGAUGCUUAACGCUGGCCGUAUAUUGGUGACGGGCUUUUACCGGGCUUUUAUGGAGACCCCUGGGCUGCAGACGAAUAACAGCGGCCACAACCCGAUGAGUAAAGGAGAUGUGGCUUUGAUCAAAACUUUGGUUCCCUUCCUGGACGGGCUGAUCCUGCUCACUGGACUCGUCGGUCAAACCCUGGUGAUGAUUAUUCUUACAGGCAGGAGGAGGAAGGAAAGUCAGCCCCCUCACGGUACCGACACCCUGCUGCUGGCUCUCUGCGCGGCCGACCUGUUGCUGCUGAUCUGCCAGCCCUUCCACACCUCCGCCAUCACCCUGGGCUUCUGGCCAUUCGGCAGCUUCCUCUGCAAAGCCAUCAGCUUCCUGGGGGUUGCCUGUUCCUCGGCCUCCGUGUUCACCCUGGCGGCAUUGGCCGUCACGCGCUACCUCACGGUGGUGCACCCCGCCUGGACCUACCGCGCGAGGAUGAACCGGAGGAUCAAAGUGACGGUGGCUCUGCUCUGGAUCCCGGCCUCUGCGUUGGCGGCGCCACAGUUCGCCUCCCGCACGCUGACGUUUUCCAGCACCGUGUACUGCUUCGCCUUCCUGUCCGACUUCAGCCGGCUGGUCUACAGCGUCGCUCUGUUCCUCUGCGGCUUUGCUCUGCCUUUAGGCGUCAUUGUGUUCAUGUACGGCAGAAUCUACUGCUUUCUUCAGCGCGCGCGGCGGAUGGGUCACGCUCCCCAGCUGGAACGCUACCAACGGCAGGUCACUCACACCUCGGCUCUCCUGGUGCUGGUCUUCACCCUGCUGUGGCUGCCCUCCUACAUCCUCAUGUUCUCCAUCGUCGGAGGAACUCCAGCCAGCUCGCCUGGCUUCAACACCUUCGCCCUCCUGGCCCGGCUCUUAUCCUCCUCGGUGGCUGUCGCCAACCCUUUGCUCUACGGCUUUAUGUCCCAGAAGUUUAGACGAGACUUGGUGGAGCUGGGGAGAGAACGCUGGGCGAGGUGCCGGAGCCGUCUGAUCCGCUGUCCACGCUUGAUGAGCAGGGACACGGUGUGGCCGUUUGAGCACGAAACUACCUCAGAGAGACGUCCAGACUGA